AUGACUGAUCGUUUAACACAGCUUCAAAUAUGCCUGGAUCAAAUGAUGGAGCAAUUUUGUGCCACUAUCAACUAUAUUGACAAGAAUCACGAUUUUGAGCCUAGCAGUUCUGGAGAGGAAAAGAUGACAGAUCCUCAGGCAACAAUCGCAACCUCAGAGGAGUUCACGAAUACAAUUGAUGAGCUAUCAACUGAUCUCAUAUUAAAAACUAGGCAAAUUAUAAAGUUGAUAGACUCUUUACCUGGUGUUGAUGUUUCGGCUGAAGAACAAAUGCACCGGAUUGACGCACUUCAGAAAAAGCUUAUGAAAGUUGAGGACGAAAAACUCCAAGCUAUAAAAGAAAAAGAAGAGUUGUUAAAAAGCGUAAACAGCAUGAUAUGUGACUUUACCCAAGGCAUUGCAAACUCGAGAAAGCCCGUAGAGAUGCCCGAAUCAUCCGCAUGA